AAUAUUCAUAAGCGUUACCACGGUAACAAAAUGGCGCGUAAAUGCAAACAAACUGUCACUGCUGGUUUCUACAAGGAGCUACAUGAAAAGGAAGAAUUUGUUGAAAAAAAUGAUCAAUGUUUGGUAGUUAGUGGUAAUGAAACUGAUGUAUAUGAAGUGGAGAGGUUAAUAGACAAGAAAGUUAAGAAGGGCCAUGUAGUGUAUUUAGUUCUUUGGAAGGGGUAUUCAAAAGAGGAAGCUACUUGGGUGCCAGCUGAAGAUAUUACUGCCACGGCGAUAAGUUCAUUUAUUAUAAUUAGGUUAUAUCAUGACCCAGAUCCAUGCAGGAGAGUACUGAUGGAUGAUAUUAGUACACUACGAUCUUCGUUACAAUUUAGUUUAAAAUCUGGAAUCCUCCGUAGACGUAAAAUAUCAAUACCAUUUCAUCGUCACACCUUUAACUACCUUUUUAAUGACAAAGGAGAAGCUGUUAAGUGUAAGCCUGGAAAGUUAUAUGUCAGAGCUGAUUUUCCAUCACAGUACUUUGAAGAUAGUUUCUUUAAUUUCUACAAUAAGUUUGGAGAAGGUUGCUGUGUAGAAUUUCCAAUUUAUAUGUACAGCCACGUAUCAUACCAUCAAAAGUCAUUCUACUGUGACAAGACACCCAGAACCAGAGGCUUCAACGAGACUCUUUCUCUGACUAUUGUCAAAUCAUUUCAGUCAUGACUGCAUGCCUAGGCCAUAUUGUUUUUGAUUUACAUGAUACUGUAACAAUAAUUCA